GAGGGGUGACGGAGUCGGGAGCGGUCGGUCGCAGCGAGCGCGUGCGCGCGGGAGAGUUUAGACUCAUUAGAGGGAAGACUCACAACUCUGGAGUAAUGAUGGAGGAUACAGAGACACUGGAAGGGGCCACGGGAGGAGCAGACAUGGAGAAACAAGAGUCAACGCAGGCGAGGGAGCCUGAGCAGCGCCCGACUGGCACUUGGAUUGGCACCGUCAAACAGGUUCUCGCUGCUGUGAUCCUCGGCCAAGGUAUUCUCUGUCUGGGAAUGAACUUCGGCAUGCACAGCGUAACACUGAUCCAAGUCCCCCAGCAGCCGGAUCGCUUCCUCACCGACGAUCAGCUCAACUGGACCAUCGCCGCCACUGUGCUGGGAGGAAUGCUGGGAUGCCUGCUGGCCGUACCAGCAGCUCCAGUGCUGGGCGCGCGACGUCUUCUUCUGGUGGCUAUGCCACUUCAUGCGCUGGGCGCCAUAUCUGCUGGGCUUGGGAAGAGUUUCGUCUGGGUGCUGAUUGGGAGGAUUGUGAUGUUUGUGGCACUGCAGAUGUCCGAGGGAACCGUGCGUGGUUACGUGUCUGAGAUCGUGCCCCCUAAUCGGAGAGCCCUGUAUACGACGUUGAUGAACGGUUUGCUGUACGUGGGCCAGGUGGCGGCGCUGCUGCUAGGUCAGUUCCUGGACUGGCAAACGUUGUUUGUUGUAGCCGGAUGCACGCCUCCUGGGAUCUGUCUUUGCGGCGUUCUCUUCUUCCCCGACUCAGCAAAGUGGUUGCUCGCCCACGGACGGUCCGCUGAAGAGGCACGCCGUUGCAUCCUCUUCUUCCACCCACACGAAGACGCCGCCGCUGAGGUAGCCGUCAUCCAGCGAUCCCUGGCUGUUGCCGAUGACGGAGUGUCAGCUUGGCGGCUGAUGGGUCGGAGGGAGACGUUGCGACCGCUUCUUCUAGCCGCUUUACAGAUGGUGCUGUUCGUGUGGGGUGGUGGACAGACGGUGGUUCUCAUCACCGCCAUCGUUCUCGAUCCCGCUGACCUAUCUCUGGACAGUUACCAGCGCGCGCUGGUCGUGCCCGUGUUUGCCCUGCUUCUCUCCGUGCCUUCCAUUCCUCUGGUGGAGCGUUUUGGACGUCUCACGCUUCUGCGAGUCGCCGGAGCGGUCAGCACGGCCGGCUGUGGCAUCAUAGCUGCCUUCUACUUCCUGCCCUCCGGCGAACGGGCGCAUCUUGGGUGGAUGGUAAUGCUAGGAGCCGUGGUCGUCGUGCUGCCGUACGUCUGUAUCGUCGGACCAAUCUCCUUCAGCUACGCCAACGAGUUGCUACCCAACAAGACACGUGCACUUGGUGCCAACAUGGUCAUCAUGUCCAUCAACUUCAGUACGUUUAUCCUACUGAAGGUAUACCCGGAUCUACAGGCUGCGGUGGGUCUGGGAGGAGCGUUCGUGCUUCACGCGGGUGUCAGCGUAGUUCAGAUACUCUUCGCCAUCUUCUGUCUUCCUGAAACACGUGGUAUGACGCUGGAGCAGAUCCAGCACUUGUUCAAGGAAGUCGAGAGCAGAGCAGCUCUGCCUGUGUAUGCCGAAGAAGAGGCUGCCGUACCCACGGAGGAUGAAAAUGAAGAACAGGGUGCCGCCGCGCCAGUUGCAGCGAUAAACUGAUGUCUUCGUGCUGAUAUCCAUGUUACAAAACAACCUCCAGAAAAGCAUCAAAUGCUCUAAACAAGUAUGUGCGGGUUUCUUUGUGCAAUGUGCAUUCCUAUGCACAGAAACUUCCUCAAUGUUUAAAUACAAUAAAUCAAAGGCCCAAACACCGAAUAGGACAUGAACUUUGGGUGGCUUCUGUCUAGUUGUGCGCGGAACCUCAGUGUUGUGUCAUGUGUGCCAAUGUUGUCGAAUGCCAGAUGUAGGUACUUACCGAUCUAUAGGUACAGGUGUUUCGCUUGCCCGUUAUGUCUGAGCAAAGUAACACUCCUUGCGUAAGUGUAUAGUAAACGGCUUUUGCGUCUGGCCAGUGUUAGUUUGAGCAAGCCUUUUCUUCGUUUCAUCUGUCUUUCUCUUGCGUCGAUUUGCUCGUUGCCGCUCAAAAGUGUGUAUGUGCUAGUUGUAUGUUCGCCUUGUCUAAGUCUAGCGCAAUUUUCGUGCGGGCCAGCUCUGUAUCUGCCCGACAUCUGUGUCCAAGAACCUCAGUACUUAAGAGGCAUUUUAUUUUUUUUGUGCGUUCAGGAGGAUGCAAUAUGAAUCAAAACGGCCAACAUUGUGACAUGGUCGUUUUUUGUUGCUUUCUGAUGGAAGUGCCAAUGUCGCUGUGGCUGUGGCCAUAUUGAAAUGGGACUGAUCGACGCUAAAUUAGCGAGUUGCCAGACAAAGUAUUAUAUCAUGAACCGAGCUUUGACAAGAGGCUAUGAGAAGAAAAUGAAAAAGUAAGUAGGUAUUAAAGGGACUAUCCCACCUUCUAAAAUGUUGUUAAAACCAGUUAAAUUGUGCCCGACUUUAUAGAUUGGAUGACCAGGAACACGGUUCUGGCAUUUAUUUUUCAUUAAACAUCUUAGGCUUCCCAUAUUCCAAACACAAACUUUCAAAUAUGUGACGUCACAGCCCAAAAUUACCUCCUUCCCCAGGCCACAUUACUGUCAUAAAGCUGAUUCUUUUUACUCUGUAGGCACCACAACAAAGUUCAGACCAAGUUUUAAGCGAUUUUUCAACGAACAAACCCAUUUAAAUCAGAAUGACUAAACGAGGUGACGUCACACUAACGGUCGCUCCAUGUUGAAGAUAGGGCCUUGUACAAGGCCCAUUUUCAAAUGAAGGGAACGAAGUUCUUCAACACCAAGAGGCCGCGGGGGUUGCAACCUAGAUAGAUAGUGGUUUCUAAACCUCGCCGCAAACUUGGCUAUCUCAACUCAAACCCCAUGUUAAAGGUGGGAUAGUCCCUUUGAGUACCUACGCCUUUGUGUACUUUGUUAUACAAAUGGUAGCGUUACAUUGUAUUAGAAAUAUAUGACCAACUUGUG